UCCCCCUCCACCACUGCCCCACCCCUCCGGCCCGGACCGGAAAUGAGGUCAGAAAGGGAAACCCCGGCGGGGAGACUCGGCCCCAAAAGCGGCGGCCAUUGGAGGUGGCUGCGGCAGCUGAUGUGGCCUCAUGGAUGAGCUGGUACAUGACUUAGCGUCAGCCUUAGAGCAGACAUCGGAGCAGAAUAAGCUUGGUGAGCUGUGGGAGGAGAUGGCCCUGAGCCCCCGGCUGCAGAGGCGGCAGCUUCGCAAAAGGAGAGGCCGGAAGCGCCGUUCGGACUUCACUCACCUGGCGGAACACACCUGCUGCUACAGCGAGGCCUCCGAGUCGAGUCUUGAUGAAGCCAUCAAGGACUGUCGAGAAAUGGCCCCUGUUGCCAAUUUUAGUGACUCCGAUGACACAAUGGUAGCCAAGCGGCACCCAGCUCUCAAUGCCAUUGUUAAGAGUAAGCAGCACUCUUGGCACGAGUCUGACUCCUUUACUGAAAAUGCACCGUGUCGACCGCUCCGGCGCCGGCGGAAGGUGAAGCGAGUGACUUCGGAGGUGGCUGCCAGCCUUCAGCAGAAGCUCAAGGUGUCAGAUUGGAGCUAUGAGAGAGGCUGCAGGUUCAAGUCGGCUAAGAAGCAGCGUCUGUCCCGCUGGAAGGAGAAUACUCCCUGGGCCUCCUCAGGUCAUGGGUUGUGUGAAUCAGCAGAAAAUAGGACUUUCCUAAGCAAAACAGGAAGGAAAGAAAGGAUGGAGUGUGAAGCAGAUGAACAAAAACAGGGCUCUGAUGAGAACAUGUCAGAAUGUGAAACCAGCAGUGUGUGUAGCAGCAGUGACACAGGGCUGUUUACCAACGAUGAAGGACGGCAAGGAGAUGAUGAGCAGAGCGAUUGGUUCUAUGAGGGAGAAUGUGUCCCAGGAUUCACUGUCCCUAAUCUUCUGCCAAAGUGGGCUCCUGAUCAUUGCCCUGAAGUAGAAAGAAUGGAUUCUGGACUGGAUAAACUUUCCGAUUCCACAUUCCUUUUACCUUCUCGACCAGCUCAAAGAGGGUACCAUGCACGCUUGAAUCGUCUGCCUGGAGCUGCAGCUCGAUGCCUCAGAAAGGGCCGAAGAAGGCUUGUUGGGAAGGAGACCAGCAUAAGUUCUGAGAGAAUAGGCCACAUCAUUAGUGACCCUCGGCAGAAGGAAAAGAAUAAAGCAUUGGCUUCUGAUUUUCCUCACAUUUCUGCUUGUGCACAUGAGUUUGAUCCCUUGUCUCCCCUUUACUCCUUGGAUGUUCUCAGCGACGCUUCUCACCGACGAUGUUCGCCGGCGCACUGCUCUGCCAGACAGGCAAACAUACAUUUGGGACCCCCAUGUUCACGUGACAUCAAGAGGAAGCGGAAACCUGUGGCCACAGCAUCUCUGUCCAGCCCAAAUGCAGGGCAGUAUUAUUUGGCCUUGGAAAGGAAGGAGACUCUGACAUGCUACAGCACAGUUCACGUGGAUGGAGCGGAACCAAGCACGCCAGCAUCACAGGUCCCGAAAUCUCCAAACCCCGAGUGGUUGGUCAGGACCUCUGCCGCAGAGAAAGCCACUGACUCCGCUCCAGCUACGUUUUUUAAAAUGCCACCAGAAAAGAGCUCCGGAUACAGCUAGAGAGCAGGAUCCCGCCCACCAGGAGCCCACUGGGUGCUGUGAAACGCAUCCUAAACUUGGUAUCAGUCUCGCAUAUCAUAAUUGACAU